UGGGCCCACGUGGAAGCGGCGUUCAGGAUGCUGCGCCGCGAGGCCCGGCUCCGCCGCGAGUACCUGUACCGUAAAGCCCGGGAGGAUGCGCAGCGGGCCGCGCAGGACAAGAAGGAGAAGGUGCGGCGCGCGCUGGAAGAGAAUCGCCUCAUCCCUACUGAGCUGCGCCGGGAGGCUCUGGCCCUGCAGGGCUCCCUGGAGUUUGAUGAUGCCGGCGGUGAAGGUGUCACCAGCCACGUGGAUGACGAGUACCGCUGGGCCGGGGUGGAGGACCCCAGAAUCAUGAUCACUACCUCCCGAGACCCCAGCUCCCGCCUAAAGAUGUUUGCAAAGGAGCUGAAGCUGGUGUUCCCGGGUGCCCAGCGCAUGAACCGAGGCCGGCACGAAGUGGGGGCCCUGGUGCGCGCCUGCAAGGCCAACGGGGUGACAGACCUGCUGGUCGUGCACGAGCACCGAGGGACACCGGUGGGGCUCAUUGUCAGCCACCUGCCCUUUGGCCCCACCGCCUACUUCACCCUCUGCAACGUGGUCAUGCGGCACGACAUCCCCGACCUGGGCACGGCGUCCGAGGCCAAGCCCCACCUCAUCGUGCACGGCUUUUCCUCCCGCCUGGGCAAGCGGGUCUCCGACAUACUCCGCUACCUGUUCCCCGUGCCCAAGGACGACAGCCACCGGGUCAUCACCUUUGCAAACCAAGAUGACUACAUCUCCUUCCGGCACCACGUAUACAGGAAGACCGACCACCGCAAUGUGGAGCUGACAGAGGUUGGGCCCCGCUUUGAGCUCAAGCUGUACAUGAUCCGUCUGGGCACACUAGAGCAAGAGGCCACCGCAGACGUGGAGUGGCGCUGGCACCCCUACACCAACACUGCACGCAAGAGGGUCUUCCUGAGCGCCGAGUGACAG